CCUGCCGAUCCAUUGAAAUGUGAAAUUUGCAGAAAAAUUGAGAAAAACAUCAUAUAUUUUCUAAUUGAAACGUAUUUUACACUGUUAUAAUGUAAAUUUAGUGGAAAAGUAGUAUAUYUGUCGUGUAGAUCGCGUUCAAAGUACACAAAAAGCCGGUCUAUCGAUCAUCCGUCUACUGGAAUAUUUUCUUGACAUUUUAAAGAAAUAACUGAACUUUCUUGACAAMAUGCCUCCUAAAUUUAGUCGUACAACGGCAGAAGACAGAGCAGAAUCAAGAUAUUCUGAAAGGGCUAAUCUUCUGAACUUGGAUUCUGAUGAAGAAGGCUCAAACAUAUUUUCUGGUCCAAAUUCUCAGUCUCAUGAAGCAAAAGGUAAUGACAAUAUAGCUAGAGUAAAGAGCGAAGUCAAAAAUGUGGUGAAUAUUAUGCAGAACAACAUCUCUAAAGUAUUAGACAGAGGGGCAAAGAUUGACGACCUGCAUGAGAAGUCAGAAAAUUUAGAGAUGAGUGCAUUUCAGUUUCGCUCUGGAUCAAGAAAACUGCAACGGAAACUCUGGUGGCAGAACUGUCGGUUAAAGCUGGUGUUUAUAUUUGUGGUCAUAAUCAUUCUGGUCAUCAUUAUUGUUCCCAUUGUAUUAAAGAACAAGAAAAAGACAUGAGUUCAAAUGCUGUCAGUAACAUAGAAAUUCARUUCAUCAUAGAUAAGACGGCUACCCUGUGGUCUACUUUGGUAUUCGUUUCAAAUUAUUGGAUGAUUUUAAUAUGAAAAAAAGGCUUUAGCUAUUGAAAUAGUAACCAGAGAACUGACAAUCUUCUCUUGACAUCAAUACAGUGAUGUUAUGUGAUCCAGGUGGAGUUGCAAGGGGUCUUCAGGAAAGCUAUUACAUUACAAUGCCUUAAUAUCUAAACAUUAAACUAUGUAUACAUAUCUAACCUUACUCCAAUUAUCUCUUGCUCUGAACUCUCAAACAAUGAUAAUUUUCAGAAUCAUGUUAAAGUUGUUUUUGCAAAUUUCAUGUUAACUUGAGAGUAAAUAGUGAGAUAGAAUCAGACCUAUGUUUUGGAGUACUAAGGAUAGUGAUCAUGUAAUAUAAAUACACCAAAGUGUCCAUGAAAUAAUGAUAUUUUUCACUUACAAACACUAUAUUUGGAGGUAAAUAUAAGUCACUUUUUAAACAUAAAKUACUUCCACUAUAAUCAAAAUGUUACAGGGUUGCUUAAAGGUAUCAACUUUCUCUUGUUUGCUAUAUUCACUAUAGAGAUCUUUUCAACACUUGAAGAUCAAAUCUGUAUCUCUGAACAGCCAUGUAAUAGACCUAAUUGGCUUCAACCCAAUUCAAACCACCCAGGAGUAAGUUUCAUUGUUCGUUGUAUUUUCAUUUCACAGUUGAAUUCUUAGAAACAAAAGUUCUUUUUCCCACAGGAUUUGAAUUGGGUGGUAACGUACAUAGCUUYGCCGUUAGCCGAUUAGGUCUAUAUAUAAUUCAAUUCAUAAUAKAAAUAUUUUACAGAUAUGUUAAAAUACAGUAAAUAGAAUUUUGAUUUUUGAUUUGUUGCAAUGGUCAGUCUUUAUUCAGAUUUUGUAUAAUGAAACAUUUUCAAGA